AGACCGCCCCGGAAGAGGAAGGUCCGUUCUGUCUUCUGCUGCUCUCGUAACGAUCAUGUUGGUACAGAUGGAGAGACAAGGUCACCCACGUGAGAGAAUGUCGUAGGACUGACAUGUCCAUAGAAGCCAGGCAAGUCUAAUUCUCCUUGCAAGAUCCCAUCAAAGCUGGCAUAAUGUCUUCAGUCGCAGGAAUCCGGCUGGCUUUAUGCUCUCUGCGUUAUGGGCCACAGACGGGGGUGCCCUUUGCGUUUUUUUGCAGAAAAAGUCACAGCAUUGCCGAUCCAAUGUCUACAAAUUCUGAGAAACUUUCCUCUUCCCGUGGAAUGUCGAAUGUUGCUGACCAGAAACAGACCAAACGCUUUACAGUAGACUUGUCUGAAUUGGAGAAAGAAUUGGCUAUAGUCAAAUCGUUCAAAAAAAUUAAAAGAUAUGUAACAGACCCUGGACUAGUGAAUAACAUUUUGUACGGCCUCGAUCCCUGGGAUCAUAGAACCACACCAAUUAUAAUGGAGUGCAACCCAGGUCCAGGAGUUCUCACUCGAGCAUUGCUAGAUGCUGGUUGUAAUGUUGUAGCUCUGGAAGGCACUGCAAAGUUUCUUCCUGUAUUAAAGAAAUUGGAGCAGGAUGCAUGCGGGUCACUAAGCGUUUUACACUGUGACUUCUUCAGGCUGGAUCCUGACACUGAAAAUGCUGUUGAGCCUCCCUCUAUGUUUUCUAAUGAUUUGAUGGAACGGAUAGGCAUCAACGAGGUUCCCUGGGAUACAGGAAUUCCUAUAAAAAUUUUUGGUAUACUUAAAAAAGAAAAAGAGAGGUAUUUGCUGUGGCGAUAUAUCUAUGAUAUAUAUGAGAGGCUGUCAAUUUUCAGAUUUGGAAGAAUCGAAUUAAAUUUUUUUAUGACUGAGGAACUGUACAAGAACCUGGCCGCUAAACCUGGAGAACAUAGAAGAUAUCGAGCACUUGCAGUGCUGUGCAACGUAGCCUUUGAUAUCCAACUGCUGCACAAGGAACACAUUUCCACAUUUUAUUCAUCCAAAAAUGUUAAAAGUCCUUCAAUAGACAAUUCUGAGGAGUCUUUGCGUGACAAUCUGUGUUUAGUACGCUUAACACCACGAAAAGACCUGUUUUCUGAGCAGUUUCCACCUCAAGAUGGCAAAAUGUUUGUUAACAUGGUAAAGCAGUGUCUUACCAAGCGCAAGUCAGAAAUUCUAACUAACCUUGACUCCUGGAGCCCAGGUGAUGGAGAACAGUUAUUACAACUCUUAGAUCUGCCAGCAAAUGCAAGAACAGGAGAUAUCUCCCCAGAAGACUACAAACUUUUAUUUGAGUUGUUGACAAAUUCUGAGGAUUUCAGUCAGAGUUUUGUGUUUGAAACGUGUGAAAAUAUCCCAUGUUUCGCCUUCUGAAACCAGGACAAAUAAGACCUAGAAAACAUUUUCUUUUGACAUCUGUGUUUGCUGCAGGGAUUAAAUGCCCACUCAUACCUGCAUUGUUAUAAUCUGCUGAGUAUGGACAUCUUUGCUUAUUUUGGCAAGGAAAGAGG